AUGGAGUCAAAAGAAGUCGAUACCACACUCGAAAAGCAGCAAGACUUUCAACAGGAAUUAUGGAAGAUUGCCCAGAGCGAAUGGAAGUCUGACAUCUUACCAAGUGCCAACGAUCUGGCACGCGCAAGAGCAUCUUUGCCAAAGUCGCUAUCCAAUGCUGGAAUGGGAUAUGAAGCCUCCAAGCAGCAUAUCCUGGACGAUAUUAUCCCAGGCUUGAAUGGCAGCAGCAUCAGCCCUAAUUACUAUGGCUUCGUCACCGGCGGCGUAACACCCGCCGCUUUAUUUGCGGAUAACGUGGUCUCCGCUUACGACCAGAACGUCCAGGUGCAUCUUCCGGAGCAUUCAGUUGCUACAGAUGUCGAAUAUAGUGCGUUGGGUUUGUUAUUAGACCUCCUUCAGCUGGAUCGGAGCUCCUGGUAUAAUGGUACAUUUACGACUGGAGCAACCGCCAGUAACAUCCUCGGUCUAGCCUGCGGAAGGGAAUUUGCCGUGGAAGCCGCCGCAAAAAGUCGAGGGGCCGCCUUGCAGAGCGUUGGACAGCAUGGGUUAUUCGAAGUCAUGCAGGCCUCCGGUCUGUCGGGACUACAGGUGCUCUCGACGCUACCUCAUUCGUCUCUGGUGAAAGCAGCGGGCAUACUAGGGAUCGGUCGUGCAAAUGUGAAGAACAUCUGCCGUGAUGAUAAUCCGCUUCUCUUCGACCUAGCCAGACUCGAAGCAGAAUUGGCAAGAUCUGAAAAGGCAACUAUCGUCGCUGUGUCAUGCGGUGAGGUCAACACCGGACACUUCGCAACGGCUGGUCUCGAAGAAAUGCAUGAAAUACGCAGGCUCUGCGAUAAAUAUGGCGCCUGGCUACAUGUCGAUGGAGCCUUUGGCAUCUUCGGCCGGGUUCUGGACGAUAGUCUGGAGUUUGCUUCCAUCAAAAAGGGCUGUCAGGGCAUCGAGUUAGCAGACUCCAUCACGGGCGAUGGGCAUAAAUUGCUCAACGUGCCGUAUGACUGCGGGUUCUUCCUUUGUCGUCACGCUACUGUAGCACAUGAUGUCUUCCAGAAUGCCAAUGCAGCCUAUUUAACGUCCAGUAUGACGGAUGGGCCCUCAAUCCCUUCUCCGUUGAAUAUUGGAAUCGAGAACUCUAGGCGAUUCAGAGCAUUGCCGGUCUAUACCUCGCUGUUGGCUUACGGCCGCGCAGGAUAUCAAAAUAUGCUCCAGAGACAGAUACGGCUGGCUAGGAAGAUUGUGGGGUGGGUUUUCGAUCAUCCGGCAUACGAAGUAUUACCGGAAGCGAUUAACAAAGAAGACGUACUGGAGAAGACGUAUAUGAGCAUCCUCUUCAGCGCGAAGGAUGAUGUACUCAAUCAAAGGCUGGCAUCGACGAUAAAUGCAACUUCCAGAAUAUACGUCUCCGGUACUUCGUGGCAGGGCAGAUCGGCUUGCCGCAUCGCUAUCUCGAAUUGGCGGGUCGACGUAGAGAGAGAUUUUGCGAUUGUGACUGAUGUUCUGGAAAGUGUGGCCAAAGGACAAUAG